AUGGCGCUCGCCGCCGCCACGAGAAUCGAGCCCAUCGCCGCGGCCGUCCUCAUCAUCAUGGCCAUCGUCGUCGUGGCGUCGUCCUCGGAGCCGGCGGCGGCGGCGAACAAGGACGCCGACGCGCUGACGGCGCUGCGCAACGGACUCAGGGACCCCGACGGCGCGCUCGCGAGCUGGGACGCCAGCCUGGGGAACCCGUGCACGUGGUUCUACGUCACGUGCGACGGCAGCAACCGGGUCAUCCGCCUGGAUCUUGGGAAACUGAAGCUGUCCGGCCCACUGGCGCCCGAGCUGGGGCGACUGGAUCAGCUGCAGUUCAUGGAAAUCUACGAGAACGACAUCCAGGGGCGGAUCCCGUCGGAGCUCGGCGGCCUGGCGAACCUGGUCGGCUUGGACCUGCACGGCAACCGCAUCUCGGGACCCGUACCCUUGGCACUGGGGAACAUCCGGUCGCUGAAACUCUUAGAUCUCUCCAGCAAUGACCUUUGCGGCACGAUCCCGACGUCCGGAGCGUUCAAAGACAUUCCUCCCAGCAGCUUCGCCAACAACCCGCGGCUGCAUCGGGGGGCACCUACGAACCAAACUGCUAGAUCGAUGAUGCCUGUCAGGUCAGCAUGA